CGCCACGGUGUCCAUUAUACCCUUCCAAAUCCCUCGACUUCCGGGGUCACGCCGAUCGCGCCUGCGUAUUUUCGGCGGCGGAUUAAAGGGAAUCGUAUCGGAUAUCGACGACGUCGGGUAGCGUUGUGUCGCGUCGUGUCGCGUUGACGUGUUCUCUUUCGGAAAAUUAACGAUCUUGAUUCCGCGCUAAUUAAUCGCUGAUAUCUAAUCGAGUUUGGAAAUCGUGUUUGGAAGUGAUACUGACGAUGACAUCGUGACACGCGGCCACCCAGCGCGAUUUUCGCGGCGCAAUUACGCCGGAUAAACGCGACGCACGGAUAUUACUAUCAAAUAGAGAAGCAGUGAGUGAUUACUUCGUGGAUGCUGAGCGGAAGUUGAGCGACGAUUUUCUCGAUCGAGUUUGCGUAGAUGGGUACGCGAUGUGAGAGGUGUUUAUCGGGAAAAAUAUAAAUCGAGAUGGGAUCGUGAGCUGCGACUAUAAUGAUGGCAUAUAUUCGUUGCACGAUAUCGGGAUUGCGGUUCGAAACUCGCUCAUGAUACCAUUAUCGUCGGGAAAGUGAUUUCGAUAGCGUCGCACGCUGCGUGCAUGUGAAGUGAUAAAAUUGAUACAGUUCUGUUUGUUUGUUUUUUUUUUGCGAUGUGCCAAAACGUUCGCUUUACAGGCUGAGGAAUUUCUCGCGAACAACCGCGAACUCUUCUUUGUAGCGUCGCUUGAAUGUACUUGUUGCGUAACAAGAGAUAAGGAUGCGAGAGUGUUAAAAAAGAAAAGUCGCACAUUUUUGCGAUCGAUUGAACUAUCAUAUAUGCAGUGACAUCGAAAGCGAUGCCUAGUGAUGACGCGAGCACACAUCAUCACUUCAUUUUAUGUCUUCCGUUGAGUGUGUUACGAGCUAGAAGAAAAUAUAACAUCCGCCGCAUGGCUCGGUACGUGUAAUACCUAUACUCGGUGUACUGGUACACCGUGGCAGAGCGAACAAUGGAUAUGAUAAGAGCAGAGGCUAAGUAGCUAAGGCUGCAGGUACAGGAACGGAGAGGGCGCGAGGGGAAGAUUGGAGAGAGGCGCGCGGCUGACAGAAAGCGAGAGUGAACGCGAAGGAGACAGGCACGGAGGGCAAACAGAGAGGGAAGGUCCGAGAGGAUCGGCUAUUGUGACAAAGUCACGGGGGAGAAGUGUGGAGUCGUACAAAAAAUGAGGGAGCACGGUCUGUUGGAUGUGUGGCGGCUGGUGUGGUUGCUCUGCCUCGUUUUAGCGACAGGUUUAGCGCAAGUAUCGAUGGUCUGUCCGACCCACAACGAUAUCGCGCCCUGUUACUGCAGCAUGAAGAAAUCCGGCCUGGACAUUGUGUGCGAGAUCACCGACAUGCAACACAUCACCAAGGCCAUGACCGUGCUUAAGGGUAGGCCGAACAUCGUGAUAUUCUACCUUAGGCUUAGGCACAACAACCUGCCGAAGUUGCAGGGAUACGUGUUCCUCGGGCUCGACAUACGCCACCUCACCAUCCAUAAUAGUAGCCUCGCGGUGCUCGAGGAAUCCUCCCUUAGUUCUCUCGGAACGGGAUUGACACAGCUGGAUCUUUCCCAAAAUUCGCUGAGUAGUGUCCCAUCCCAUGCGUUGCAUGACCUUCACCAUCUUCUGAUUUUGAAUUUGAAUCGUAAUAAAAUCGCAGCCAUUCACAACAAGGCUUUCGAAGGUCUCGAUACACUUGAAAUCCUAACGCUUUACGAAAACAAGAUAUCUAGUAUCGAGCCAGAUGCAUUCAAAGGACUCGAUAACCGGAGACUCAAGAGGCUUAAUUUAGGCGGAAACGAACUUACGAGAAUCCCAACUGAAUCUUUAAAUUCGUUAGAAUUGUUGAAGAAAUUAGAACUGCAAGAAAAUCGCAUAACAAGCAUAGAAGAAGGUGAUUUCGAAGGAUUGAAAGCACUCGAUUCAUUAGGAUUGGCGCACAAUCACCUCCGCGAAGUCCCGGGGCGUGUAUUUUCCCAUUUGACACAAUUAAACUCUUUGGAACUCGACGGAAAUCAAAUUACCCACGUGGAUCCCAAUGCAUUCAUCGGUCUAGAAGAAAAUUUACAAUAUUUACGAUUGGGAGAUAAUAAUUUACAUUCGGUACCGAGUGACGCUCUACGACGUUUGCAUCGCUUACGCCACCUUGAUUUACGGGCAAAUAACAUCACUGCACUUCCGGAGGACGCUUUCACGGGCUAUGGAGAUUCCAUCACUUUCCUUAAUCUGCAGAAAAAUAUGAUUAAAACACUUCCGCCUCUGGUAUUCGAGAACCUUAAUUCGCUGGAAACAUUGAAUUUGCAAAACAACAAGCUCUUACAUAUCUCAGAAGAAGUCACAGAAAGCAUCGUUGACACUCUACGCCAUAUCGAUAUAACAGAUAAUCCUCUGACUUGCGACUGCGACCUACGAUGGUAUUCCAUAUGGCUCGCAAAUCUGCGCGACAAGGACGACGAGAUGAUGUCAAAGAAGCGAACAAUCUGCACGAUGCCCACGGAACAUAGCGAGUACUCCGUGCAGAAUAUUCCGCUCGAGAGGAUGGGUUGCGUAGGCAAGAAUGCCGGUAAAUACUCGUCGUCGGCCACCGGAUGUAAAAUCGUGGACGCGACGAUAUUGUUGUUCGUUCUCAUUGUCGUUCUGGUAUAAGUCCGGCGAGAGUGCGCUACUUCGCGAUUGCAAUACCAUCGACUUUUCGUUUCGACGCCGACGAGACGGGAUUAACGAUUACGUUUAGCAUUAACGUUUGCAUUAAGCGUCGCUAUGAUCGCGAAUCAUGAUGAGUUUUUGGUUUCGUUAUUCAAGUUCUACAAAGAUGAGAGAGAGAGAGAUAGAGAGAGAGUUUUCAUAACGAGAGACUUUCCUCGCUUAUUUCCCUUCUUUCCUUUUCGAGGUAAUCGUGACGCGAUAGCGGAGACGUGUCACGAUUCCGCGAUGAAUAUUUUUGUCGAUGUAGAGCCAGCCUUUUGCAGAGAAACUGAAGUGAAACUUUAUCAUUACACGCGCAAUAAUUUAAAAUACUCAUAGUGAGAUGUGGCCUGUCAUAAAAAUGACGUAAGCGAGCUUCGACACGAAAAGUUGACGCAUCAUCACGAUCGACAGAAUGGUAGGAGAUUUUAAUCGUAGUCGGAUAAACCAGUUGACGAAGAAAGCUUCGAGAAUCCAAUACGCGAACGAAUUAUUACUACGGCUCGGUGUGACGGGAAUGAUUGAUUCCUUCGAAAAACCCUUUUUUUAUUUCCCACGAGGGGCACACGAAGACAGACAUCCGUCUCGUGUACGGAAUGAUAUAUUGGGCGUAUAUAUAAAUAUAUAUAGCAAAUCGCGCGUUUUGCUUUUUUUUUUUUUUU